AUGUGCGACUGCAUUGGAUGUAUGAUCAUAUUUAACAAUAUUCUGGAGACACACAUUCGCCCGAAUAGGAGAGGAUUGGAUUGCAUAAACAUUUGCACAAAAACUCGCCUUUGGCUCUACGAGGACCUAACCGGCGAUAAUAUAGCGUUCAAAUACAUAGCAUGGACUUCAUUACCCUUACUAUUAAUUUUAUUUUCUUCCGGAUUUGUUCACAUCGUCUCACCGCAGGUCAGCUCGCAUUUAAUAUCAGAGCAUUUGUUUUCGGUUUACAAUUGCAUUCAAUUUAACAUAUAUUGCAUUACACGAGCGGUCGGAUCAGGAAUUCCUGAAAUGAAAACUAUAUUAAGGGGAGUUGUUCUCAACGAAUACCUCACUUUUCGCACAUUAGUCGCUAAAAUGAUAGGUCUGACCUCAACAUUAGGCAGUGGACUACCAUUGGGUAAAGAAGGACCGUUCGUUCACGUGGCCUCAAUAGUGGCCACUUUGUUAUCCAAACUCAUCACUUCAUUCAAAGGCAUUUAUGAGAACGAGUCGAGAACUGGAGAGAUGUUAGCGGCCGCCUGUGCUGUCGGGGUCGCAUCCACUUUCUACGCCCCCAUCGGUGGUGUCUUAUUCUCAAUAGAAGUCACGUCAGUAUUCUUCGCCGUCCGGAACUAUUGGCGCGGAUUCUUUGCCGCCUGUUGUGGAGCAACCGUUUGGAGACUACUCGAGGUUUGGUUUAAAAAUGAAGAAGCGAUAACAGCGUUAUUCAAGACCAACUUCAGAGCGGACUUCCCUUUCGAUCCUCAGGAACUGUUUGUGUUCUCACUAAUAGGUGUUGCCUGUGGUUUCGGUGGCGCCGGUUAUGUCACGUUUCACCGCAAAAUUGUCAACUUUUUUCGGACACAUAAAAAAUUGAGUGCAUUUUUGCAGAAAAAUCGCUUCCUAUAUCCCGGUUUAAUUACAUUAUUUUUGACAUCAAUCUCUUUCCCAUUAUUUUUGGGCCAAUAUAUGGCCGCAACGUUGUCGACUCACGACUCCAUAAGCGAGAUGUUUAGUAACAUAACGUGGGGACACAACCAUUCAGAUCCGGAUGUUCUGGAUGUCAAUACUGGCGUCAACAAUCCCGGUACCAAAUGGAACCUUCAUCCCUGGUCAUCGGGCGGCUAUUCUGGAACCGGGGUGUUCAAAAUCGGAGCCGCUUUCGGUCGAUUAGUUGGUGAAGUUAUGGCACAAUUGUUUCCGUCGGGCAUAUCAUUUGGAGGCUCACGAAACCCAAUAGUACCGGGAGGUUAUGCUGUCGUCGGUGCGGCUGCUUUUUCGGGUGCUGUAACGCAUACCAUAAGCACUUCUGUGAUCGUAUUUGAAUUGACGGGUCAGAUGACACAUAUCAUACCUGUUAUCAUAUCGGUGUUGAUUGCAAAUGCAAUCUCACAAACAUUAGAGCUGUCUAUAUAUGACUCCAUCAUUCAAAUCAAGAAACUUCCAUUCCUUCCCCCUAUACUAAGCACUUCGUCGGCCGCCCAUCACAUCCACGUCGAGGACAUAAUGGUUCGGGACGUGUCCUAUAUAUGGCGUGACUGCACAUAUCGUGAUCUUAAAGAUCUACUCAAAGCUCACAGAAAAUUACAAUCAUUUCCUUUAGUAGAAGACGGAAAUUGUAUGAUUCUCUUGGGAUCCGUUCAGAGACAAGAGCUCUCAUAUCUCGCGAGUCAACGACUCAGCAGAGAUCGACGGCUUACAGAAGUUCGGCGCAGGUAUUCAAUUCAGGACACACUUAUGUUGGCCGCCGAGAGGGCGUCCGCGGUCUCUGAGGCGGCGGCAAAGUCUCAAUCCUUACCCAAAGAAAACACGAACACAAAUAUGAGGCGAAUGUCUCGGUUUGAAGUGACACCUGUUUCCCAACAAUCGUUUGAUGGCAUCAGUUCUCAGCCGCCAUCUAAUCGAUUAUCACCUAAUAAAGGACCCGUGAAAUCAAUAUUAAAACAUACCGUUUCGUUCACAUAUUCUCCACACGCGACCGUCACUCUCACAGCACAAGUGGCCACUUUGUUAUCCAAACUCAUCACUUCAUUCAAAGGCAUUUAUGAGAACGAGUCGAGAACUGGAGAGAUGUUAGCGGCCGCUUGUGCUGUCGGGGUCGCAUCCACUUUCUACGCCCCCAUCGGUGGUGUCUUAUUCUCAAUAGAAGUCACGUCAGUAUUCUUCGCCGUCCGGAACUAUUGGCGCGGAUUCUUUGCCGCCUGUUGUGGAGCAACCGUUUGGAGACUACUCGAGGUUUGGUUUAAAAAUGAAGAAGCGAUAACAGCGUUAUUCAAGACCAACUUCAGAGCGGACUUCCCUUUCGAUCCUCAGGAACUGUUUGUGUUCUCACUAAUAGGUGUUGCCUGUGGUUUCGGUGGCGCCGGUUAUGUCACGUUUCACCGCAAAAUUGUCAACUUUUUUCGGACUCAUAAAAAAUUGAGUGCAUUUUUGCAGAAAAAUCGCUUCCUAUAUCCCGGUUUAAUUACAUUAUUUUUGACAUCAAUCUCUUUCCCAUUAUUUUUGGGCCAAUAUAUGGCCGCAACGUUGUCGACUCACGACUCCAUAAGCGAGAUGUUUAGUAACAUAACGUGGGGACACAACCAUUCAGAUCCGGAUGUUCUGGAUGUCAAUACUGGCGUCAACAAUCCCGGUACCAAAUGGAACCUUCAUCCCUGGUCAUCGGGCGGCUAUUCUGGAACCGGGGUGUUCAAAAUCGGAGCCGCUUUCGGUCGAUUAGUUGGUGAAGUUAUGGCACAAUUGUUUCCGUCGGGCAUAUCAUUUGGAGGCUCACGAAACCCAAUAGUACCGGGAGGUUAUGCUGUCGUCGGUGCGGCUGCUUUUUCGGGUGCUGUAACGCAUACCAUAAGCACUUCUGUGAUCGUAUUUGAAUUGACGGGUCAGAUGACACAUAUCAUACCUGUUAUCAUAUCG